AUGCAGUUGCAGGACGCGGCUAGGAAUGUGGCGUUAGUAAAGGCAAUAAGGAAGCUCGGCAAACAGUACCGCGAAGCCAUUAUCAAUGUCCAUAUUUGGACGAAUUUAAGAUAUUGCGAGAAGAGCCUUAAAAAUUUCCAUUUUAUGCAAUUUUUAAGGCUAGCAAUACUUGUUUCCCCAAUUUCGCAGCCAAGGCUAACGCUCACAUUGACCAAAUGUUUUGAACCACGGGCUGUAUUAACGUAUUACCGGAUCGAUAUUUCGAAACUUUGCCAUAAUAAUACACCGUAUCAAUUUUUUGUUCCACCAUACCGGGCGCAGGAUAUACCGAAUCCCACCAAUCACAAUCCUAACGACGCCAAUAUUCCCAAAUAUUAUUACAUUGGCUCUGUUUGGGAUAUUUAUUAG